GCGACACAGUGGACCACGUGACAUUUGGCUGUUCGGGUGAGCUCCGCGAGCGCACCCGUUUCAUUCAGACUCAUGGCGCCUACGGAAGUGGAACGAAGGCGGGGCCAGCUUGCUGCUCUGUCCAUAGCAGCAGUAGUCAUCAUUGUGGGUGUCCCUUUAUGGUGGCGAACUACUGAAACCUACCGUGCCUGGCUACCAGUCAGCCAAAUACAGGAGCUUGCUGAUCUGCAGCUUCAAUUAAGUGCUGAUGUAGAAGUUGUUUUUGCACGAGGAACAGUCACUCCAGAGCAACAAAAAAAGAUUCCACUGACACUGACGAAGGAUGAGGAACACAUAAUCGAUGAAACCACAUCUCUGAGGUACAGGUAUGAGAUCAGAUACCGCACAGCUACCAUCAUGGAGGAAGAUGCUUUAAACCAGCCUACAGCUGCAGAAGCUGAUCUUUCACUGCACACACUCAGUGAAAGUCCAUGUGGCUCUUUAGUGAUUUACAUAAUCCCAGAUUCCUCACAGUUGCUCCCAGAGAAAACUGAUGUUUCCAUUGGCCAGCGUCGAACAGCUGUGCUGCGUGUUGGUGCUCAGGUGAAAGUUGGAAAAACACUGGAGCAGUUGCUGACUCACCUGGAGCCUCGGAUCCAACAGGUGUUGCAGGUGAUGUCCUUCAGUCACACUGAUGUCACCGCUGCCCUUAGCGAUCGUGUCCGCCUCAGCCCGGGAAGUAGAGAGAGCAUUGCCGACAGUAUGAGAACCUUCAAAUCAAGCCCUGGUUAUGAGAUCACAUUCAGUCUGUUAAACCCAGACCCCAAAUCACACAGGCUUCAUUGGGACAUUGAGGGUGCUGUGGAAAGGUACAUACAACCUCUACUUUCAAAACUUGCUCCAGUGGCCAACUUUAGUAUUGAUUCUCAGAACUUGUACUAUGCCAUGCUUGGUGUCAACCCUCGUUUUGACAGCAACCGUAAUGCAUACACACUCAAUGCUGAUAGUCUUGCUCAUGUCAUAAACCCUGUUGAAGCUAGACUUGGUUCUAAUGCAGCCUCCUCCAACCCAGUGCUGAAUUUUUUGUUAUAUGUUCCUGAUGUCAAUCACUCACCUCUUUUCAUUCACAAUCACAACAAACAAGAAGUACCUUCAAAUGCAUUUCAUUCACCGCGCUGGGGCGGUAUUAUGGUUUAUAAUGUUAAUGGCUUUUAUGGGCCAGAUGCUACUUUCCCUAUUGACAUUAACAUCGACAUGGCGAAAGUUAUGGGUGUAUUCCUUGCACAACUCCGACUCUUGUUGGGAGUGCAGUCUUCUCCCCUUCCCUUUGGUUUUCUGGUGGCACCCUGCAAUAGUUUUGGAUUGGCUGAUUGGGAGCUUGACCGCCUCAUGUGGAGUAGAACUGUGGAAAAUGUUGCAACUGCCACUACUACAAUCACCUCUUUGGCACAAUUGCUGGAUCAGAUAGGCAACAUUGUUAUCAAUGACAAUAUUGCCCAAGAGGUGUCCAGUGCUGUAACAGCUCUGCAAUUGGCCAUAGCUGAGUUGGAAGUAGGGAACCUCGGCCUUGCACUGCAAUACAGUAAAGAGGCCAUCUUAGCUUCAGAAAAAGCAUUCUUUGAUCCCUCAUUGCUCCACCUCCUGUACUUUCCUGAUGAUCAGAAGUUUGCAAUUUACAUCCCUUUGUUUUUGCCCAUGUGUGUACCAAUCUUUCUGUCACUGCUAAAAAUAUUAUCAGAGUUUAGACAAAGACGGAAGCAGAAACAAGCCAAAAAGGACUAAAACAUGAGCAAUGUGUAAAAAUUAAACUUUUAGUCCCUUUAGGAUUUUAUUGUCAAAAUUGAGCUAUACAUAUAUUGUUCCUGAAUAUAUUUUGGUCACUUGAUUUAGCAGUUCUCAUUAUUUGGGGUUUUGCCAGUACUGUAUACCGUGAAGCUACUCAUUCCCUUGUGCUCAAUUGAUACUUUGCAGUGACGUAAUGCUGGAGGUGUUAUCCUUGUAUGUGUAUGCCAAAAUCAAUUAAUCAAAGACAGCCAAAAAAGUUUUUAGAUUGAAAAAAUACAAAAUUGAUUUAAACACGGGCCACCUGCUUUUAUUUCCUCUGAAAGCUUUUGUCAUCUACUUACACUAAGUUCUUCCCUCUGAUGCCUUCAACAUCGCACCAUUGGUUUCUUAAGGCCAAGCUUACAUGCAGCGGCUCUAUUUCCAUCUGUGAUGGCCAGAUCGAUUGCCUUUAACUUAAAAGCUUCAUGGUCCUGUAUAGGUGUUACAACAAAAUGUGAGUGUCUGUGAAAAAGUGUUGGCUAAUGCUUGCAUGAGUUCUUUCUGGCCAAACUGUGUUGAAAUAAAGUUCAGAAGUAUAACAAAAUCUCAAACAUAGCAGAACCUACAGUAUCACAAUCCCAGGGAAUGUUGAUGACAUCUGUUAGAAAGCGUCAAUGAACGGUCAGAAUUUUAAACCUUAAAACUACUCAGAACUCAGAUAGAUCCCUAUCAUUCUAAUGUCUAUUGAGUAACCUCAAUUUUGGAAUGUAAAUGGUGAAGGUAACAAUAACUUGUCACUUCCAAUUUUAUUAUGUUGUUUUUUUAUUAUUUUAUUAUUAUUUGAUGUUUAUUUAUUGAAUAAAGUUCAGUUCUAUAUAUAUAUAU